AUGGCUUUGACUGUUCCCACUGUAGCUCCAUUCGAAUGGACAGUUGACGCUGCAAGAGAAUUAAUUCGACUUCAACAUGAUAAUCAUGACAAUUUUGAGUUCAUUUCUAACAAUCGUCAUAAAAGGAUACGGAGAACCAUAUCCAACCAAUUGUUUCUUAAUAGAGG